AGGGUGUCAGUAGUGAGCUGAGAAAUAUAGUUACUGAACAGAAGAAGCUGCGUGUCCUUCAUAACAGCAAACAUGGCGACUGCCACAAAAAUAAUUCAAAGGCUUCGAAAUUUUCUAUCAGGGCGUGACCUUCAAGGUAAACUCCAGCUGCGGUAUGAAGAGAUAGCGAAGAGAACGCAGCCUCCACCCAAUUUGGCCGUUGGGCCGAGUCAUAAGUUUGCAGACAACUAUUAUUUCACCAGAGAUGGACGCAGAGAAUCCGUGCCCCCCACUGUUGUCAUGUCCUCACAGAAGGCGCUCACUGCUGGCAGCCAAGCUGUUGCAUCAGCAAAGACUCCAGUGACUCCUGGUGCAGUGUACAAGCAACUAGAGCUCUCCACAGAUCAGCCGUACCUCUGAGCUUGAAUAAAUAAAACCUUUCAAGCAUUAGUGACUUAUCAACCCCCAUAACCCGUUCCUACAGAGAUCUAAUCACUCUUGUGGUUGUAUAUUAUAAAUGUCAUAAAUAAAACUGAUUCAGUGUCUA